AUGGCGGCCAACACCACAUCCACCACCAGGCUCACAGCUACACCUGAGCGACGGCUCCGACUCGUCUUUGCCGGGGUCUGUGGCCUCGUCCUGCUGGUGGGGCUUCUGGCCAACGGGCCGAUGCUGCUGGUGGUGGGCUGGGGUCCGGGCGCCCCCCCACCACUCCUCACCUUGACCAACAGCCUCAUGGCGAGCAUCACGCUGUCUGACCUGCUCUUCCUGGCCUGGGUGGUGCCCGUGGUCCUUCUGAGCUUCCUGCGGCAGGACUGGUGGCUGGGCCCCACCAUCUGCACCAUCAGCCAGGCUGCCAACAACGCCACCAUGUUCUGCACCUUCUAUGGCAUGGUGGCCAUGGCUCUUCUGUGCCACGUGGCAGUGGCCUGGCCUGACGUGGCCCUCCCGUCUGGCCUGGGUGCCCACCUGCUGUUCUGUGUCCUGGGCCUCACCGCAUCGCUACCCAACUGGCUGUUCCAGCGAGUGGUCGUGGAGGAGGAGGCCCAGGCCUGCCUCUUGCUUCUGAACCCUGCUCAGACCUCCUGCUACUUCACCCUGCUGGGAGCCCUGGCCUUCCUGCCUUGCAUGAUGAGGCUGGGCUGCCCUUUCAGCCACCUGGGCUGGCUCCUGUGGAGACAUACCCGUAGCCCCAGGGGGUAG